AUGUCUUCCAACUACUCCUUCCAUGCCAUCCCCAUAUACUGGGUCAUUGCUCUGUACCCACACAUGUACUCUCAAAUGAUCUUCAAGAAGGGUGCAAACGGCCAACUCGACAACGCCAACCCUCGUGGCGCCUCCACACUAGAGUUCUACCGCAAGUGCUGUCCCGGUCCUCUAUACACGAAAGCCGAGCGUGCGGAAGCAUGUCACAAGAACAACAUGGAGAAUGCGCCGUUCUUUAUCGGAGCGAUAUUGGCGGGCAAUCUGGCGGGGUUGGAUUCGGGUAUGUUUCACUCUCAUGGUUGUUCAUCGAUCAAUGACGACAAACGACAAGACAUUGAUGAUAUGUCAAGAUCCGAAGAGGUAGAAGCUAACCAGGAUAAUAUAGCGACGAUGAAUACUUUAGCGGGAGCCUAUAUCGGUCUUCGCCUCGUGUACAGUUUCAUGUACGUCAAGAUUCAGACGAAUACGCCGAGUUACUUGAGGAGCGUUACGUGGACUGCGAGCGUGGCAGUCUUGAUGACCAUGUUCGUGAAGGCGGGGAACAAGAUGAACUCGGCUUUAGGGCUGUGA